AUGUACCAUCCUGUUCGAGCAGGUUUCAGCUGGGAAAGGUUUCACAUGGCGCUUGACGACGGUGUUCAGGGGCAGCAAUGUGUUGUCCAGACCAAGAAAGACACCAAACUGAACCACUGGGGGAAGGUGAAGAUCCUGGAUGGAGAUGCUCAGGGAUCGGACGGGACUGGAGGAGGCAACAGCAAAAUGCAUCAAGCAGAGAUCGUCGAGAUAUACGGGCCGGUUGGGAAUUUUGAGGUCGAGCUUCUAGUGUAUCAGAACUUCUUCGGCGUCCUCCCCUCACGGUACCCUGAGCCCUCGUCUUGGAAGUUGAGAAGCGAGGACGAAGAAUCCUCCAGCGUCCCCCGUGAAGACUGCACCAACUUGUUCGUGUUCUCCAUCGACAACGCCUCCACAAGGGACAUCGAUGAUGCUCUCUCCGUGGAGUUUGACGACGAGCCGUCCGCCGAGCAUGUGGAAAGUGACUUCAACGCUCUGCAGCUCGAGCAGGAGGAGGUGCAGCAGGGGGAAUGGAGCUGCCAGGUCUGCACGUUCUUGAAUGAGAGCGGCGCGGUUCAGUGCAGCAUGUGCGAGACCAAGAGGAGCUUGCUGGCCGGGCCGGCCGAUGUGCCCCUGGUGUCGGGGAACUGCAAGCUGGGGAUUCAUGUGUCGGACGUGGCGUCGAGGAUAGGAGGAGAGUCUGGCCUGUUCUCGUGGGCUAAGGAAAGGGCUUCUUCGGCCUACCAUCAUGGUCCUGUGGAUGAUGGCUCGAAGGAUGGUUCAGUUCCGAUGCUCCCGCCCACCCUUGCCCAUGGUGUUCUUUCCCUAAACGAGGGGCAGGUGAGGCCUGCAGUGACCUUGUGGCUGGAGAUUAAGGACUUCAAAGUUGUGAGGAGGUGA